AUUGGAUGUUGGCGACAUCCACUCGAGGUGGUCUGGGGCGCUCACUUUAGAAAUAUUGCAAAUUUCACAUUCGUGCAUUAAACAGCAAUGGUUUUUUCUAAUCAUUGACUUCAAAUCGCAUCGUUAUCUAUACUUAAUCUUGUUUAAAUGACAGUUUAACUGGAGUCAUCACCUUUGUAAUGACCAUUUACAUAGAAUUAUCUACAUAAUGACAAUGAAAAAUGAGUCUAUUAUUUCAUUAUUUUCUGAAUACUUACUACGUGAACAUCGAAGUGAUAUAUACAGGAUUUCACUUCUUCAUUCAGAACCUUAUCAAUCAGUUAUUGUUCAUUUCAAUAAUUUAUGCGAAUUCAACAGUAUAUUUUCAGAACUUCUUUUAUCGAAACCUGAAGAGACAUUGAAUCUAUUGAAUAAAAGUGUUCGUCUAGUUCUACAGUCAAACAAGCCAGAAGAUAUUAAACACACUAUUUGUCGACAAAAUGUAUAUAUACGCUUGACAGCUUUACCAGUUAUACCAGAAGUGUAUAAAAAUCAUAUACCAACAUCGAAUGAUAUUGGAAAGUUUAUUGCUCUCAGAGCUAUUGUUAGUCGAGUUGGUCCCGUACAAGUUCUUGAAGGUGAAGCACAAUUCACUUGUAUACAAUGUGGAUACACAUUUACUGUAUAUGCUAAUUUUGAAAAUCUUUAUACAAUUAAACCUCCACGUUAUUGUCCUAAUCGUCAACAAUCAUGUCAUAGUAUAAAUUUAAAACGUGUAUCCAAUUCACAUUUCUGUGCUAAAAAUUAUCAAGAGAUUAGAGUACAUGAACAGUUCAGUUGUUUAACAGUCGGAGUUAUGCGACGAUCAAUGUGUGUUUGUAUUGAAGAUGAUUUAUUAGAGUCUGUAAAACCAGGAGAUGAAGUAGUCAUCAAUGGGAUUGUAACACGUCGAUGGCGAUGUAUGAAAGAGGGUGCACCAUGUGAAAUUUCUACAUUUCUUAAAGCAAAUUAUAUCGAAAAUUUAACUGAACUAAAAGCUGGUGGUGGACCAAGUCAAAUAUCUUAUGAAAGAGUACUAGAGUUUGAAGCAUACUGGAGUAAAUAUACAAAUUUUCGUUCUGCUUUAGAGGCUAGAAAUUUACUUAUACGAAGUAUUUGUCCAGAAGUAUAUGGAAUGUAUCUAAUCAAAUUAUCGUUGGCUUUAAUGCUUGCAAGUGCACCGGAAUGGUAUUCAGCAUCUGAUGAUUCUGGAACAGGAGUUGAUGAAUUGUCUGUACGUAUUCGAGGCAAUCCUCAUAUUCUACUCAUUGGUGAUCCUGGUACUGCGAAAUCAGUUCUACUGCGUGGAUGUACAGCUUUGUGUGAGAGAGCUGUGCUAACAGCUGCAACAGGUACUACUGCAGCCGGUUUGACUGCUACAGCUAUACGUGAUUCUAGUGGUUGGACACUUGAUGCUGGUGCUCUUGUUUUAGCUGAUGGUGGCUUAUGCGCUAUUGACGAGUUUACUGCAUUACAUGGUGCUCAUCGUGCAGCAGUCCAUGAAGCAAUGGAACAACAAACUAUUAGUUUAGCUAAAGCUGGUCUUAUGGCUCGACUUAAUUGUCGUUGUUCUAUACUAGCAGCUGCUAAUCCAACUCCAAGUUCUGUUGCAAAUGGAAGUGAAGAUUUCGGUCUACCAACUCCACUGUUAAGUCGUUUUGAUAUCAUAUGGCGGCUAGUUGAUCCAAUCGAUUCAACGGAAUGGGAUCGUCGAAUAGCUAACUUUGUCUUGGAUUUAGAUCAACCAACAAAUGACGUUAGGAAUAAAGGAACAACAAAACAUCAUCUUUGGUCUACAAAUGAUUUGAAAGAAUAUUUUGUAUGGAUUCGUGAUCGUUUUAAGCCACAGUUAACAAUGGCUGCUGCUAAUCUUCUUCAACGUUAUUAUAUUUGGCAACGAAGUCAAAUGUCCAAUUUCUUUGAUGAUACUAUAACAGGUGUAUAUGGUAGACGAACAUUACGUUUACUAGAAAGUCUUGUACGACUAACCAAAGCACAUGCUAGAUUAAUGUGUCGAAAUGAAGCUAUUGUAGAGGAUGCUGUAGUUAUAAUCUAUCUAGUUGAUUGUUCACUUUAUUCAACUAGUUCUAUUCGAACCAAUGAAUUCAACUCAUGUAUUACAUUAUCUAAUUAUAUAACACCAGAAUUGAUUGUUUCAUCUAAUAUACCAGAGAAUGCAUAUUUUGAUUAUACAGAAAUUGAAAAAUUAGUAUUAACCACUUUAAACAAUCAUCAUCAUCAUCAUCAACAUCAUCAAGAUAAUGUACAUAUGAAAGAUGAUGUUCAUUUGAAUAAUUUUAUGAUACAAUUGAAUGAAAAUACUAAUCAUAUUGUUCAAGUAGAACCUUUACUUUCUUCAACUCAACUUAUUCGAAAUACUGAUAAAAAUGAUGAUAUAGAUAGUAAUACAAUAAAAUUAUAUAACCAAAAACAUUACAAACAACAAUUUAAUUUAUCAUCUUAUAAAAGACUUUAUCAUCAUUUAUCAACUAAUACAAAUAAUGAUAAUAUACAUCUCAUAUCAUCAAUGAAUCAAGAGAAUAUAGUUACACCUACUAUUCCACGAUUAAAAACUUUUAAAUGGACAGCAUUAAAUGAAUCUGUAGAUGAGAAAGACAAUAAUAAUAAUAAUAAUAAUAAUACCAAUAAUAUUAUUGGUAUAAACCUUUAUGGAAUAAACAUUUAUCCUCCCAAUCAUUGGACAUUUUAAAUGAUUCAUUCAAACAAAAAAAUUUACCUGGCGUUCAAUGUUCAAUUGUAGAUAAUUAUAAUGCUACUAUUUCUGCCGUUAAUAAUAAUAAUGAUGAUGAUGAUAAUAAUAUGAUAUCGUUUGGUUUUAAUAUGAUGACUGAUGAUGAAAACACCCUUAAAAUGAAUUUGAAAGAUGAAGAUUUUGAAAUAGAUUUGUAGCGUGGAAAAUAUGCAAGUAAAACGUUUUUCUUUUUUUACUUCUCACCUCCCCUCCCCCUCCCUCCAAGAUCUAUUUAUCUGAAUAAAGUAUUUUAUGUUUUACUUGA